AUGUCAGUCAGCGCCAAUGUCACGGUGAAAAACAUUCGCAUCAAGAGAGUCGUCGCUCUCUCCGACCACCAGGACGAACAUGUAACUGUCGAUGUACCUCAAGUUGACCCCUUCUUUGCCUUCAACGCGAUAUACGUGCCACCGGCGACAGCUCUCUUCAGGUUGAGCAUCCUCGUGAAUAAAGCGACUGUAUACCUGCAGCUCUCACCCAAUCGCAUCGAAUCGCUGAAAAAGACCACUUGCGACCAUAGGAAGAAGGAUACUGGGAUAUGCUUUGAUGUCAUUAGUAAGCAUUUGGGUGGCCAUCUCUCUUUUACACGCCUCGAGUUUCAGCUCCUCCGUCAUGCCGAUAUCAUUGUUCCGAAGGAGUUCAGCUUGGAUCACUGUGACGCUGAGGCAAGAUGCACGUUUGCGGCGAUUGUCUCGUUAGCCACCGCCACAAACUUCUCCCUCUACAUGCCACGCGACAUCCUCCCAAAUGCGGAUUACAAGGGCUUCUCUGGCGCUGUCCAACAACGUUCGAAAUCGACAGAGGACCAGGAUUCCGAGUUGAAGCGAUUGGCAGAUAUCCGAAAGUUGUAUAAUGGUAGAGGCGGUGUAUUAUUUGACCCUGAUCAAUAUCGCCCUUUGACACAUGUACCCGAAGUUGUUACUGUUGUCCCCACACCAGAUGACAUCAAGACGGAUGGGUCUUCCCGGUCGGUAUGCGAGCAAUCAACAGCGUCCGACUCGGACACUACUAUUGCCACUAUUGCUAUUGGCACUCCGCCUGAGUAUCAAGCCAAUGACAUUCCACCGCCGUCUUAUUGUAUGUCAUUAGCAACUCAUCUUUCAUGCCAAAAUCUAACGCCCACAGGUGCAUCAGCAGAGGGACCUAGACACGCAUCACCUCACCCCAACCCUGAAAAUGACCGCAAGCACGACUUAAGUAGUGAUGAGAGCAAUAUCGACUCACACUCACUCUUCAAAAGGAGACGAUUACAGGCGUCGACCGUGGAUACCUUGUCCCAUUCCCACUUCGCAGCUACGCAUUCCACCAGAGCACUCGAAAUCCAAGUUAGGAAGCAACAAGAAGAAAUUGAGCACCUCAAGGCAGAAAUGGCGACGCUUCAGAGACGGACUGACGCCCUCCAGAAACAGUGCAAUGAUAUGGAGAGGCGGAGCGACGGUUUAGAGGAUCUAGAGAGUCGUCAAGAAUCAGUGGAGAAGACUCUUGAGUCUGUGUACGCGAAUAUUGAUGACGAGGUUGAGCAGGGUUGUCUAGUAGUCAAGGACGAGCUUCGUCAGGAAUUCGAGGGCAUGAUGAAUGAUCACCUAGACUUGUGGACCGAAGAAAACAUGGGUGAGAUGGUUGAAGGAUAUAUGGGAAAGUGUAUGGAGCAGUAUAUGACCAAGUACGUGGAGGAGCAUGUGGCAGGCUUCAUGGCCGACUUGAGAAGAAAACUUCGCAGCGUCUUGAACGACUAA